GGCAGUGUCUCAAGGCAGGCACACUACCAAGGUCGCUACACUACCCCCGCCAAGCGGGGGAGCGUGUCCUCACGCUUCACUAUACCAAGUCCCUCAUGGAGACACGCCUCUAUGAUGGCCAUCCUUCCAGCCCUGCAAGGGCCUCUGUGAGGACCACCUCCCCUUUCUCCCAGCCCCCUUCCAGCCCUGCUACGGCCUCUGUGAGGACCACCUCCCCUUUCUCCCAGCCCCCUUCCAGCCCUGCAAGGGCCUCUGUGAGGACCUCCGCCGCUGGUGCCUUCUCCCAGGCUAUUGAUGAGCAUGAGCUCAUAGCUCCUGGCCCUGCUCCUGGCCCUUCUCCAUUCUGGCUGCCUGUGGAAAUGAUGAAGACAAUCCCUGUUCAAGAUCAGCAGUGGAUUGCUUCUACUUUGUUCCAUGCUGGCAAGCUGCGCCAGACCGCUUUUUUACUCACCGGCUCCUGGCGUGGAAGCCCUACCACCUGUGGAAGGUGAGGGUGAUCUGUCCCACCUGUGGGAAGCAGCUGACGGGAUAUGGUGUCCACAAGAGGGCACGCAAAGUCCUGGACAUCGACAGGUACUACCUGAUGGUGACGGAGACACUCAGGUGCACUGUGUUGCCUGCACCAUCUGGCCACCAGACAGACUGUCCUGGACCAGCUCGACCUGCCUCGCCAGAGGAAGUUCCGGCUGAUCUUGACGCGCAAGUAUGCAUGUGAUAUACGGGUCAUCUGUAUGCUAAGAGAGGGAACAGCCCAACCCGUCUUGUCAAGCAGCUGAGGGAGAACCACAGUGAGGAGUGGUUGGACCGCCUGGCUGACUAUUUUGGGGAAUGUGCUACCAGGAGCCCCCAGAGCCUCUUGAUGUCCCCACCAGCCGAUGGCUCCUGUCUGUUUAUGGACGGGACAUCAUCACGCAAAUGGCUCACAUCAAGGCCAGGAUUACAUCCACCUUUGGGUCCAUUUUAAAAAUGGACUCCACCAAGAAGAUCACAAGGAAGCUGUCGGGGACAGCACGGGGGACUGCUCUGUGGCUGAGCUCUGUGAGCAAUGAGACCGGUCAGAUACUCAUCAGCGUCCUGACUGCUCAGGAGGGACCUUGUCUGGACCUGAUGGUCUCGGGUCUCAUGCGUCGCUAGAGCCAGGCAGGUAUGGCCCCUCCAGUGCUGCUGUACGUGGACUGUGGCUGCUGUGUGGAGCAGGGUCAGAGCAAGCUUCAGGGCAGGUUCGGAGGGUGGCCAGACCUCUACAUCAGGCUGGACAUCUGGCAUUUCAUGCGGCGGCUGGCAGCAGGAUGCACCACUGAUGCACAUCCCCUGUACCCCACUUUUAUGAGCCGACUGUCAGUCUGCAUCUUUAAGUGGGAUGCCGGGGAUGUGGCUCUUUUGCGUCAGUCCCAGAGGGAGCAGCUCAGACGGGAGGGUGUGCCUGUUAGCACCAAUGACAUGGUGGACAGGCACAUCACCAAGAAUGACCUGGCUCUCUACUGCCGGAGGAGGACCCGCGGUGAGGUAGCCACCAUGCGCUGCAUUGACCACCUGCUGCAGGAGCUGAUGGGGGACAAGGGGAGAGACCUGCUCGGGGUGCCACCCCUGGACUGGGUCAGGAUGGAGCACAUCUGGCGCGUUCAGCAGAGGCAUGUGAAGUGCAUCCAGGACGUGCCAGGUGUGCCUCUCUAUACGGAAAAGGGAACCACCACCACUAAGGACGGUGUGGUUUUGACCCGGUACAGGUGUGCCCGAGGCUCCACGUCCCUGGAGUCCUAUCACCUUCACCUGAACAGGUUCAUUCCAGGAACCAGUGCCAACAGCCUGAACUUCCAGCUGUAUCUCCUGGAAGGCCUGAACAGGUGGAAUCAGGACCGAGCUGCUGCAUCCCUCUCCACCAAACCCUCCUCACUGCUGAGCUACGCUGGGGACGUGGUUCAGUGUGUGAACGAAAACAGCAUGAAGGUGUUUGGCCGGAAAUAUGUGUCCUCUUUCCGCCCCCCUACAAAGUACACUGGAGAGCUGAUAGGCAUGGACUAUCUGCUACAUCAGACAGGGCAGCCUUUGCAGAGUGUGGACCCCGACACAGAGGAGACUGACCAUCUGCUGGAGGACCUGGCCGUGGACGGUGAGGAGGAGGAGGAAGAUGAAGGCUUUGAGGAAUUCACACUGGACUCCACAGCCAUGGAUGAGCACAACAGGCCAGGCAUGGAUCGUGUGGAUAGCCUGGCUGAGUGUUUGGUGGAGCUGAGGAACCAGAUCAGGUUGACCCUAAACAACCAGCAGGUCAGCAACAUUGUGGAGGCCAUCUUUGUCCGGCUCUGUUCCAUCCACAGGAGUCCCAAGAAGAAGGGGAACGGGAUGCUAACAAGAUGGACUCUCAUUUUGCAGGACUACCGCAAAAUACGGCAGCUGGUUCUGGCCAAGGGGGCCAUAAUGCAGGCGACAACCCUGCAGCUGGUGGAGGUGAACCAGACAACCCUCAUCCAGUGGCACAACGGCAGGGUGAAGAGGCAGGAUCUUGCAUUGCUACUGCAGGGGAUUAACCUGCCUGGUCUUCUCCCUGUGGCUUCCGAUCCUUUGGACCCAGCCAAUGUCCGCCCAGCAGUUGCUCCACCCCAACACCAGGGAGAGACAUUAGUUUAUCCCCUGCCCAGGAGCACUGCAGGGCAGGCAAAGUCAAAGAGACAGUCCACCACUGUGAUCAUGCCACCAGUGGCAGUGCGACCAAGACUAGAAGCACAGAGGCAGCUAUUCCCCCAGGCUUCAACUUUUCCAUUCAUUGUUCCGGCAGCCCCUGUCCUUCCUGGAGCUCCCUCCUAUCCUGUCCCCAUCACUCCCCGCCCAGCCCCCAAUGACCCCCGCCCUGCCCCUGUCCCCACUUUAUAUUCCAUCCCCCUAGCCCAUCGUUUCCUCGUACUGACCCCUGCCUGUCCUGCUCCAUCUGCUAACACUUGCAGGAAGUGUGGGCAUCAUCGCACAGCCCAGACUGGGCACAGCCAGUAUAAGGGGCGAAUAUAUUGCCCAGCCACUGAGACUCUAAAGAGCAGUGGAAAGGAAGAGGAAAUAGCUCUCUUUAUAUAGUUCCUCAAAUGUAAUUCAGUUGUAAUAUAGCGUGUAUUAAUAUCUUUAAUAUAGCUUUAAUAUAAUUUCAUAUAAUGUGUCAUCCGUUACUUAGUUGUUAUAUAGUAUAUUAGCCAAUUACUUCGUUAAAGUUUGUUAAAUCCGUUCUGCACUCGUGUGUAUGUUUUUUUGUCCUCAAGAAUAUAUUUAAAAUCGUGUGUGGUGGAUGUGUGUGUGAGGUCUUUAAUAAACAUAUUUUGGCACUUUU